AGGAAGCCACGCUCGCUCGAAGCAGCUCCUGCUACAACGACCUCUUCAACUCCAGCGCCAGCGCAGUCUAGUGCGCCUGCUCCCGCAGUUGCAGCCCCUGAAGCAAGUGCACAGUCAGAACCUCAACCACAGUCUACUCCUGCAGAAGUUGCCUCUUCUACUCCCGCACCGAAGCCGGCUGCAGAGACACCCCUCAACCAGCGCCUGUACAACACUUUCACCACCGAUCAGGAGUCGUCUAUUGAAGCCAUACAAGCGAUGGGAUAUCCUCGUGAUCAGGUCAUUGCCGCACUUCGAGCGGCGUACUGGAACCCUGAUCGUGCUGUGGAGUAUUUGUUGAGUGGAAUCCCUGAUGAAGAGCAAAUGCCUAUUGAA